AUGUAUAUAACCGCUGACGAAGGAGCGAUGACUAGCAUAAAAGCGACUAUGGCGACGAGCUGUAUCGUCGUCGAUUAUCCCGUUGUACAGGGUCGAAGAUACCACGCCUACCACCAGGGCAGAUAUCUGUUCCCCAAUGACGAACAGGAGAAUGAGAGACUUGACAUCCAUCAUGGUCUCAUCGACACCCUCCUGCAUGGCCGGCUCCAUUUGGCCCCUAUCAGCAAACACCCUCAGCGAGUACUCGACUUGUGCACUGGAACCGGCAUAGUACGUGCUUUCGUCCGUGUAUCACUAGUUAUUGCUUUACUAACAUGCCACCACAGUGGGCCAUCUCAUUUGGUUAUUGGGAACGACCUGAGUCCUACUCAGCCUUCUCUCAGAGUACCCCCGAAUCUGAAAUUCAUCGUUGAUGAUGUCGAAGAUGAAUGGGGCUACGAGAAUAGUCCCUUCGACUAUAUCCACGGCCGCUUCCUGAUCGCAUCUAUCAGAAAUUGGCCAAGGCUAAUACAACAGUCCUUCAACUGUACGAAACCCGGAGGAUGGGUUGAGUUUCAGGACUGGGACGGUACUAUCCGCAGCGAUGAUGAUACGUUAAAGGGAACCGACCUAUUUAAGCUACAGGAAACAGUUAAAGAAGCAUUUAUUGAGAUAGGCAUCAACUCGAACCCAGGCGCUGAAUGCGGCAGCUGGCUCAAAGAUGCUGGAUUUAUCAACAUCACCACCCAGAAAUAUAAAGUCCCGCUUGGAACGUGGCCGAAGGACAAACACCUGAAGGUCGUCGGUGCAUUUAACCUACUCCAACACUCGGAGGGGCUAGGAGGUAUUGCCAAUUUGCCGUUGAUCAAAAAGGGCUGGAGUCCAGAGGAGAUCCAGGUCCUAUUGUCGAAAGCACGGGGAGACCUGAGAAACCGUUCUAUCCAUGCGUAUUUCAAUUUUUAUAUAGUAUAUGGUCAGAAGCCUGAGGCUACAUUGCUUACGGGAUAA